CUCGCGCCAUUUGUUCCCGACCUUCUCUAUUCCAUGCAGCAUUCCUGUUCAUUUUUCAGUUCUCUUCUAUUUAUCCCUCUUCUUCUCUUUCAUCUCUUCUUUCGUUCCCUCCCUUCACGAUCGCCCUUCUUUCAUUUUCAUCCCCCACAUCUUCACCAUGUCCUGGUCUGUCGACUGUUCUGGUGCCACUGCCUCUGUCCCUGCACCGCACCACUUGCACACUGCACAGCACACGCAGCACACAUCUAUAUCACAGCCCGUACCUGAAAAAUUUCCCGUCUGUGAUCGACACCUUAGAGAGUUCUGCGCCUCUCAUGGCCCCUCCUCCGGUCUUCCAGACUUCAAUGGCUUGGAGACAACCACUAACACCACAGUAACGGAUGAAUCUCAUCAGCCGCUGAAGGAGCGUGUCUCCAUCAAACCCAUGGAGUUCGUCAACUAUUUGCUCGAUGGACUCGCCCUCUACAUCCGCAACCUAAGGGAACCAUCCACGAUCCCAGGCAGGGGCUUCUGGAGCAAGCUCUAUGCUAUAGGCCUUCUUCCAGCGCUGAUAGGGGUUCUGGUCUUCUGUCAAUGGACCAUCACGUUCGUUAUCCUUUGGAGCUCAUACACUACCCUUGGCAGGAAGGCAUUCCAGCUAUUCUUGAAGGAUCAAAUCCUGAUGUUUGACACUACUGAUAUAGUGGACCCUCACGGUACAGACGAGGCAUUGAAGCAGCUGACCGACAUGCAACCAAAGUCGAAACCAUCGUUCAGCUAUUAUCUUGCCAACCUCAUGCUCAUCCUUUCCACUGUGACGUACGAGCGGGAUGACAACCUCGUAAAAAGUGCAUCGUUGAUUAUGAGUGACAUGGAAAGCGAAGCUCAACGAGCCGAGGCAGCGGCAUUGUUGCAGGCGAGUGAACAGACCAUCGAUGCGAAGGCUCAGCUGCUAGGAAUGCGGUUCAUGGGAGUUAGUGAGCUCAAGUCCCUGGGAGGACCCUAUGCAGGGUUGUUUUACAACGACGAGUCCAUCCUCUUGGUGUACAAGGGCACCUCGGUCUUGGCCUUCAAUGAGUAUCUGAUCGAUGGAAUGAUUCAACGUGUGGAUGCUCGAGAAUAUCUUUAUGGCGAGGUCCACAAGGGUUUCUACGAGUCCCUGUUCCCUGACCCAGCACCUUUGGAUUGCUAUGAGCGGGCGACAUACGAUAGGACCAACCCCUUUAAUACCAUCAUGCAGACCAUUUUCGAGACGGCAAAGAAACUGAAGCAGAAGACCGGCAAGCCCGUCAACCUCUGGAUGACUGGACAUUCUCUUGGAGGAGCACUGGCUGCCUUGACAAUAGCCAGGCUACAGAUGCCACUCCGUGAUGAAGAUCCCCUGUUCAAGCACUGCGAUCCCGCAGCUGUCAGAACCCACAACAGCGAUGGUUCUCCAAGGACCGUCAUACAGGAAAUGCUCUACCGCUUCAAUGCCACGUCCUCUUCCAUCGCAUCUUCUUCGUCUGUGUCUACACUGUCAUCGUCUUCCACUGCUACGGAAUCGACUUUCCCGUUCUCCUUCUUCCAUCUCGGUCACCGUCAUCACGGAAACGAACACGAGCACGGACAUCACUAUAAGCACACUCAUAACGAUGAUGACCUGAUUAUCCUCCGAGAUUGCUACAGUUUUGCGAGCCCCAAACUCGGCGACUCUGAAUUUGCACAGCGGUUCGAUCAGCACCAUACCCAAUUCCUGAACAAUGCCACCCAUAAACCCGUGUAUUACCGCGUUAUCGUCGACAAGGAUAUUGUCCCGAGGAUGCCUCCAAGUUGCAGCACAGAUCCCGACGAUCACCACGAGCGCAUGUUCCCUUGCUUGAAAUGCUCAAAAACAAAGGCCACAGUGGAGGAAUCGCACGAGUCAGCCACAGCACCGUUGAGGUCGCAACGAAAUCAAUCGGCCAGCUAUGGAUCUGUUGACAGCAGUUCGAACACGAAGCAGUCGUCGACAGCAGCACCACAACAUUUGAAUUCGUUGCUGGACUACAGACAUGUGGGCCAGAUGGUAUCCUUGCCCAACAAACCGCUCCCCCCGACUGUCAAACCAUCGGAUUUCCAGACAAACUUGUGUGCAGGAGUCUUGCGGACGGAUGACAACAUGAAAGAACUGCUCCAACAGAUCGAGAUCACCCUGACAGAAGCCUCAACAGAUUCAGCCAGGGCUACUUCGGGAUCGUAUUUCUCAUUCUGGAAGAAGUCGUCGUCCCAGUCUACAAAGUCUCGCUUCGAUUCACAAAAGAUGGCACAAGAAAUCGAUCGGGCGAAAUUAAAAUACGAUCUGAACGAACAGAGUCGACUCCGAGUUCCCUGCGACGCUGAAAAGUUCCUGUUGACGUUCCCGAACGUGAUUUCGCACUCGCCUGCGACCUAUCAGCGGAAUCUAGUCCGAUCGCGGUACUUCUUUACGAGUUUCCCGGGCACGGAGACGGAGACAUUGAUUCGGGAAACGGUGCAGAAGAAGGCGAGCGACGCAAAGGACAGUGUGGUGGUCGCGAUCACGGAGAUUGUCCAGGUGGAGCGAGUGCAGCAGGAAGAAGAGACCUCAAAGCUGGAGAGACCAAAACUGGGCGUAUGGGUCAAUCGCGACUCGGGAGUCUCUGUUACGAUGAGCAUUUGAGGCGUAAAGUGUGGAAAAGUAAUUGCUGGAGGCGCAUAACAAACCAAUCCAUGGGUAUACUGUUCUAGUAUAAAAUAAAGAUAACGAUCAAACAGCAGUUGGCAAUC